AUGAGUGGACGCGGGGACGAGGCUGGGGAAAGCUCAGGCUCUCAGGAGCCUGCAGGGGCCCCGGAGCCCCAGAAGAGGAGGCCCGGGAGACCGAGGAAGCCCCAGAAAGAGCCGAGUGGAGAGCCUGUCCCCAAGCGACCGAGGGGCCGCCCCAAAGGAAGCAAGAACAAGGGCCCUUCCAAGGCAGCGCAAAAGAAAGCCGAGGCUACUGGGGAGAAAAGGCCCAGGGGGCGACCCAGGAAAUGGGGAACUUGGAGAGUGGAGAUCUAUGAAGUAUGGCCAGAGGUUCAGGAGGCUGAGUGGAAAAACUUGACACCACCCAAGGGCAUUUAUGUUUGGUACUCACCAAACAACCAAGGCUUUCUACUAGAAUCAAGGGAAUACUGUCUCCUCCUUGUCAAAUCAUGAUGCUCAGGAGAAUCUCAGCUGGUUUACCUGAUUUUAC